AUGAACAUCUUCUUCUUAUGCGGAUACUGCGGAUUAUUGUUUGACGAUGACAACGAAGGUCAAAGACACGAGAGUGAACACGAUCUUCAUCAUGACGGUGAAAAGGGGGCAACAUUCCAUUCAAAAACAGAUCAAGAACAUCAUUGCCACCACUGUGAUAAAGUAAUGAGCAAUGAACAGGACCUGAUGUUUCACGAAUUAGCUCAUGAUUUGGAUCAAAUGGAAUACAGCGGUGAAGGUCCAUGGUCCCCAUUGAUUCCCAAUUCAACAUGUGAACCUAUGGAAGAGGACCAUGUUGCAGAUCAAGAAAUGGCUCCUGAAUCCAUGGAAUCCGAUGAAGCAUCAACCUCUACUAGAACCAACUCAUCUCAAAUUGGUUUUGGCGGUGUGAAAAAAAUACCAUAUACCAUUCAAAAAGUAGGAGAACGAACUAUAAUGAAAAAUAAUGCUAUCGAUGUAAACUACAAUAUUCGGUUUAAUGCAGAAAACCCUGAACAAGGAAUGAGGCUGACUGAUCUGCUUCGUGAAUUAGAAGAUAUGUUUGACAACAUUCUCAAUGAAACAGCUCGAGGACUUGACCCUUUUUUGGAUCUUGGACGAGUCAUCAUUCAUCACAUGGGAUUGAACAAUCCUGUGUAUGUACCACUAAGGCCCUUGAAAGAUCUUACUGGAAAAAGUGUGAUGGAGAACUUACAAAAUGUCUUAAACAGCCAUGAAAAUCUUUCUCUAGAUAAAAGUUUUUAUUUAAAUGUGGGGUUUAUUAAAGUUCCAAAGGGCGGUAUAGCAGGCAAAAAUAUUAACAAAUUGUCAGUGCCACUACUGGUAACAAAUUCAUACGAACUGUUCCAAAAGAUGUAA